CCGCCCAGUAAUCAAUUAGAGUUAUCUGCCCUUGAUACUUUACCACGAGGUACACAGUGUUUCUCACUCGGCUCAACAAUGGCUCAAGUUUUAAGUGGGAAAGAAGCGUCGGCAGACAUCCGUGCUAAGCUGAAAGUGGAAGUGCAAGAAUUACAAGAGAAGUACCCAGGACUGGUGCCAUGUUUGGCCAUUGUACAGGUUGGAGGGAGAGAAGAUUCAAAUGUCUACAUCAAUAUGAAGCUCAAGUCGGCAGCCGAGGUCGGCGUGGAUGCUCGGCACAUCAAAGUACCACGAACAGCCACACAAAGUGAAAUUAUCAAGACAGUAGAAGACCUCAACAACAAUGUCGAUGUCCAUGGAAUCAUUGUACAGCUUCCUCUGGACACUGACAAUGAAGUGGAUGCUAACUUGGUGACCAAUACAAUACUACAGGUCAAGGACGUUGACGGUCUCCAUGUUGAUAACGCCGGUCGACUCUCUCGCGGUGACCUUGACAGCUGUAUUCUCCCAUGCACUCCGCGAGGCUGUCUGGAUCUCAUACACAGAUCAGGUGUGGAGGUGAAGGGCAAGCAGGCUGUGGUGCUGGGCAGGAGCAAGAUAGUGGGGGCUCCGAUGUCUGACCUGCUGCUGUGGAACCAUGCCACCGUCACCCAGUGUCACUCCAGGACAGCUGACCUGAAGGCAGAGGUACAGAAAGCUGACAUCCUCGUAGUCGCUAUCGGCAAACCUGAGCUAGUGAAAGGAGACUGGAUCAAACCAGGGGCUGUGGUAGUGGACUGUGGCAUCAACUCUAUUCCAGAUGCCACCAAGAAGUCCGGCAAGAGGCUGGUGGGGGAUGUAGCCUACAAUGAGGCCAAAGAGGUGGCGUCGUGGAUCACACCGGUCCCGGGGGGAGUAGGGCCCAUGACUGUAGCCAUGCUGCUGAAGAAUACCGUGGACCAGGCAAGACGGGCCAUGGAGAGAGCUGGGGGAGUCGACAAAUGGAGCCUGACAUUGUUACCCCUGAAACUGAAGACCCCAGUGCCCAGUGACAUUGAAGUUGCCCAGUCUCAGACACCACGUGACAUUGCACUCCUGGCAAGGGAGAUAAAUCUUCAGCCAGAAGAGGUUGACUUGUACGGCAAGAAGAAGGCAAAGGUUUCCUUGCAGGUGCUGAAGAGACUGGCCAAUCAGAAGGAUGGACGCUACGUAGUAGUCACAGGGAUCACGCCGACGCCCCUGGGAGAAGGAAAGAGUACUACCUCUAUCGGUCUAGCUCAAGCCAUCGGAUCACAGCUCAAGAAGAACAUAUUUGCCUGUGUCAGACAACCUUCUCAGGGCCCCACAUUUGGCAUCAAAGGUGGCGCUGCGGGGGGUGGGUAUUCCCAGGUGAUCCCCAUGGAAGAAUUCAAUCUCCACCUGACUGGUGACAUCCAUGCCAUCACCGCCGCCAACAACCUCACCGCCGCUGCCAUCGAGGCCCGGAUGUUCCAUGAAAGCACCCAGAAGGAUGAGGCGCUCUACAAGCGGCUGGUACCCACCAAGGGAGGCAAGCGAGCCUUCUGCAAGAUACAACUGAAAAGGCUGCAGAAACUUGGAAUCACUAAAACCAACCCUAAUGAACUGACACCGGAGGAAGUACGUCAGUUUGCUCGACUUGACAUUGACCCACAAACAAUAACAUGGCAGAGAGUGAUGGACACCAAUGACCGGUUCCUGCGGAAGAUCACGGUGGGACAAGGCCCGCAGGAGAAGGGUCACACCAGAGAGACCCAGUUUGACAUCACAGUGGCCAGUGAGAUUAUGGCCGUGCUGGCCCUGACCACAAGCCUGCAGGACAUGAGAGAGAGGCUUGGUGAGAUGGUUGUCGCCAGUAGUCGAGCGGGAGAUCCAGUCACAGCUGAUGACUUGGGAGUGAGUGGGGCACUGGCUGUGUUGAUGAAAGAUGCCAUAAGACCCAACCUCAUGCAGACACUGGAGGGUACCCCUGUGUUUGUACAUGCUGGUCCAUUUGCUAACAUAGCCCAUGGCAAUUCCUCCAUCUUGGCCGACAAGAUUGCACUGAAACUGGUUGGAGAAGAUGGCUUUGUAGUGACUGAGGCCGGGUUUGGUGCCGACAUCGGUAUGGAGAAGUUCUUCAACAUCAAGUGCCGCUACUCGGGCCUCGUCCCUAAUGCUGUGGUACUCGUGGCCACAAUCCGGGCUCUCAAGAUGCAUGGUGGCGGCCCCACGGUAACAGCUGGCGUCCCUCUGCCCAAAGAAUAUACUGAGGAGAACUUGGAGUUGCUUGAGAAGGGCUGCAGCAACCUGAAGAAGCAGAUAGAAAAUGCCAACAAGUUUGGUGUACCUGUGGUUGUAGCUGUGAACGCCAUGACGACCGACACCCCAGCUGAGCUUGACCUGGUCAAGAGGAAGUCAGUGGAGGAUGGUGCCUUCGAUGCCAUCAUCUGUGAACACUGGGCCAAGGGCGGACUAGGAGCUGCGGACCUUGCCGCGGCAGUCGAUCGAGCUACACAACAGCCCAGCCAGUUCAAGUUCCUCUAUGAUGUCAAGCUUCCAAUUGAGGAGAAGAUUGCAAUCAUUGCCCGCGAGAUCUACGGAGCCGAUGGUAUUGACAUUUACCCGGAAGCCAAGACACAGAUUGAGAGAUACAAGAAACAGGUACUUUGGAGCACAGGCAUUGUUAAGGGGUUCAAUGACCUUCCCAUCUGUAUGGCCAAGACCCACCUGUCUCUCUCCCACAAUGCCGAGCUGAAGGGGGCCCCGACUGGGUUCACACUUCCUAUCCGAGAAGCAAGAGCCAGUAUAGGAGCUGGGUUCAUCUACCCCCUUGUGGGCACUAUGAGCACAAUGCCAGGGCUCCCAACCAGACCAUGUUUCUUCGAAAUUGACAUUGACCCUGAAACUGAGGAGAUUGUGGGACUCUCAUAACGCUUCACACAAUGAGUGAUAUAUUCAUUGGCUGGAGCUAAUUGAGCAGUAUUAAUGGAGGUUAAAAUGACAUAAGUGUAAUUUCUGGAUGUCUGUGAAAUACUUAUAUCUAUCUAUGCAAGCGCUUGUCAGAAAAGUUUAGACAGAUCUAUCCACCAUGUCAUUCUGUAAUAUAGUGACCCCUUUAGAUGGAAAAGUUAAUAAUUAUGUAUAAAUCAUCGAAUAAUAAGUGAUUGAUUAAUUAGUAAAUUUUCUGGAUUAGAACUUCAACAACUUAUCCUUGUUGUGAGAGAUGACUAUGUUUGUCUUCAAAGGCGACUAACAAGAUGGGGUGGUAACUGAUGUGUGUCACUCUAUCCCAGAGCAAUGCUCAUGAUGUCAAUCACUUGAUUUGUCUGUAGCAGACCUUCACAAACCCUUGCUUUGUUGUUGGAGGCAUUGGGGGGUUGGGCUUGCAAACUUCGUUGAUGCAUCUCGUGAUCGAAAUGUCUAGACCAAUGCUCAUGACGUCAGUCACAUGAUUGUCUGUUUUUUAACAUUUUCUUUGCCAAGCAUAAAUACAAUGUCAUGUAUAGUGUCAUAUAAUAUACAUUGGGCUGUGUUUUAGAGAUACACAAAUAUAGUCAUCAUUUCCCUAUAAGGGGUUACUGUUUUGUUUGGUACACAUUAAGGCUCAAAUAUUUGAAUCUUUUGGAACCGAACCAUUUUAUUUACCUUUUUUACAUAUUGAAGCAUUGCUAUGGCAACUCUAUGAUAACAAAAAAACACUAAUUUAAUAGGAAUUCGAUAUUGUUACAGUUCUUAAAAUUGACAUUGUAGGAAUAUGAAAUUUGUUUUUAAGUUAAAAGUAGUGUAAAUUAGAAUUUCAGGCAAUAGAUUUGAAAAUGUACACCUCAUUGCAUCCUGUGAGUCCGUAUUAAAUAAUAGAUAUUCACAAGGCAAUGGAUUAUGUCCUGUAGCCACAUUUAUAUGUUGAUUGCUUUGUGUUAAGUUUUCAAUGAGGUGCUCUUUAAAGUCAGAUCAUAGUGCAGGUGAAAACUGAGUAACUGUUAAUGUGUACUGUAUGUCUCGGGUGAGGGGGGAGAUUAUUCCCGUGGAACAGCUGGUACUUUGAAGAUGUUUCCAUUGUCAAUUUACUUUCCUAAUAUACUGAACAUUAGAAACACGCCACACGAAAAUGCACCGACAAUGCUCAGAUAUCAUGGGUACAUUUCAGUCUGACGGGCAUAUUUCGUGGUGGUGUGAUUCUAAUGUUGUUCAGUAUGGAACUAAUCAUCACUGACACUUGCCACCGCUACACAAAACGUGUAGCAAUAGCACUAAUAUCUGAUACUGAUGAGAUAGGUGCUGGUACUUGCUCAACGACUAUAGUGUUACACCAGAUUAUAACCUGUUUAUUAAAUGUUAAUAACACUGUUUACAGGCGCUCUCCCAGCUCUUGAUCACUUGGUCUGUUGCACUGAACAUGUUUCACGGUUCAGCUUGGUUAUGUAAUGGUCAGGCUGGCUGUCCCGUACUUUGUUAACAGUGGUGUCCAUCACUCAUGUUUGCAUGGAUGUCGCACUUUGAUUGUUAUGAAUUAUCAGAAUUCAGUUUGAGAAUGUUUGAUUGGUUGCAUGUUGUUUUCUUUACAGAUGUAAUCUGUACAUUGGAUGACACUUUUCUAAAAGUGAAUGAUUGUGUGAAAUAACAGACUUCUUAAGUCAUUGUGUAAUGCCCACUGGAGACAUUCAUAUUCCGACAUUAUGGUAACGUUAAUCGUAUAAUGAGAGUGCAACACAUCUCACAGCAGUUGAUGAAUCCUGGUUCGUGUCGUCCACAGAUAGUAUCAUUGUGUGAUAUAUACGAUGGGAGCAUGAAGAUUCAGUACAACAAACCACUGUUUUAGAAAGUUUAUUUUCAGCAUCUCUAUAUACUCUGGAAAA